GCUCAUGUUUGGGAUGGGCCUAAAAAAAAUAGGCCUAAAAUCCAUUUUCUUGAAAGAUGUGUUAAAGGAAGCAAGAUAAUAUAUUUUCAAAACAAAAGGUUUCAGCAAUUAUAUACAAUAUGUUUUUUGUCAUUUACUUUUUUUUUUUUUUUUACAUCUUUUUAAUCAUAUAUUAUUUUCUUUUUCCAGUCAAUGUUGUUGACUUUUGUGGUCAGACAAUCCGUGCAGAUGGAAUGAUUGUUAACUCACAUCAACAGUCCAAGAAAUACUACUUUGUGACAAUGGGAACAGAUUGCCACAUUACCAUGCAAGCCAGUUCACCAAAAGACAACAUUCAGUUUUACUUCCGCUUCUUCCUGGUGUAUAGCCUGCUGCGAGUAGCCCCUCUGAGUCCAGGACCAACAGUGCCAGAGCCUCCUUCAAACAUCAGCUUGGAGCCACUGUCUGCAGAGAGCCCAGCUGACCGCUGCCAUGCUGGGUCAUACAUUCAGUUCUACGAUGGGACAGACAAGAGUGCACCUCCCCUGGGACCCCCCCUCUGUGGGAAGAGUCCCCCACGACCAGUGCUGUCCACGGGGAACUACCUGACCCUGAGGCUGGUGACACGGGGCUCUCAGCCCAGAGUGGACUUUGUGGGGGACUUCACCUCUUUCAGAUUAGGCUUUAACCAAUCAAAGUGCAACGGUGAGCCAUACUUCAGCUGCAGAAAUGGGAAGUGCAUCCCUCUCAGUUUGGUGUGUGAUGACAAAGGCAUUGAUAACUGUGGAGAUGGUAGUGACCUGGAAGAGAACCUGAAGAAUGAGUGCAAAGAUGGACAGCGUCUCUUUUCAAACCCUCUGGCAACAACAGCUUCUCCUCUUGCAUUAUUAAACCCCUCGACAACAUCCCAAGUGCAACAGAGCUGUGCCAUGCCAGACAGCCAGGGGUCAAUAUCUGCCCCUGGAUCCUGGUCCUUGCUGCUGUGCGUUGUGCUUGGUCUUGUGGGAGGCAGUGUGGUGUUCUGCUGGUGCUGCUGGAGCCCUGGGUGGUUCUUGUGGCGUGUCAGUAUCUGUCGCUUUUGGCCUUGCUGUAACUCGCCAUGUUCGGCCUGUCAGCUCUAUGGUGGAAGUGCUCACUGUAAGGAACACCGCAUGGCCAAAGUGAGCCCCCACCCACAGGCCAAAGGACCCCCGACCACUGCUGUUAACCAGGGCGAUGAGGGUGGGGCCCCUGCUGCUGCUGCUGCUAUUGUGUAGGACCCAGACAAGACCGUGGACGAUAUGUACAUGAUGGAUACAGUACUACUACCACCUUUGCUGUGGUUUGUUAAAGGGCCCAUAUUACCCUAUUUUCUGAUGUAUGUUGUUUUCUCAUCACAAAUAUACUUUCUCUCAAACAGGAAACACUCUUCCACCGUGUGAUGAUGUCAUGUGGUAAUACAGGAAGUGCUCCAUUGUGUUUUUAAGCACAUUUUGGAUUUGCCCUAGAAUUGCCAGUCUCUACUGAAAAAAAGGUAAAAAGUAGCUAACUUAACUUGAAAAAUACCACUUCAUGACAUCACAAGGUGGAACAGAGCAUUUUCAUCUUUGGGGAUGUAUAGACAGACUAAUAAUAAGGAAUUACUCAAACAUGUGUGAAUGAAACAAAACUCCAGGUAUGUUUUUGAUGAGGAAACAGCAUUAUAACAGUAGAUUAAAGCUCACGUGAGUACAUUUUGUGUAAUAUAGGACCUUUAAUUUAACAGUGGAUAUUCAACCAGUUUUAUGAAUAUCUAUAGGUUCCCUCUUAUUAAAACAUAGAUGUCAGGGUACUUUGUUUAUAUUUUAUUUCUUGCCAGAUAUACAGUAUUUAAACAAAAGUGGUAACAAUUUAUCACCAGUACACUUUAAUUAGCCUUAAUAAAGCAUGGACAAAUACUUUAUUCAUAAUGAACAAAUAGUUUAUUGAAAACAAGUAACAGUAACAACUUCAAUAAUGACUACGCUGACCCUUCACCCCUCAGUUAACUAAUUAAUAAGCCUAAGUCAUUCUUAAUUAACUAUUUACUCAUUAUGAAUUAAGUGUUUCUUCAUGCUUUAUUAAGGCAAUUUUAGUUCAAAAUUUGUAGAUUAUUAGUUCAAAAUUUGGAUUUUAAAUAGUGCUCACCUUCACUUUCAAGUUGCUGGCAGUGCACAAAAACUGCAUGGGUUUGUGGUUGCCAGGUCUCUGUGAGCUAUGUGGAGUGUAGACUGAGCCUCUUCCUGUCAGUCCAUUCCUUACAUGUGUAUGCGUCACUGCUGAAAAGGUCACUCCUCCUCAGUGUCUGUGCCAACAUUCGACUCAUGGGACUGUACAUUUGCAGGCAGUGAUUUCUUUUGUCUUCAUUAUCUGAAUAUCUGUAAUGUGUCCAUAGGAUUCAUGAUUGGUCACUUUGUGUUUUGUUUUGGCUUACUUGGCAUCUUUCCAUGACAUCCUUUUAUUUUAGACAAAUACACUAUAAAAACAAGCAAGGACAGAAGACCCCCUAUUGAAGAUCAGCCAAGUUUCAAGUAUUUGAUUUUGUAAAUAUUUUCAUAAUAUUUGUAGAUAAAAAGCAUUUUGUACCAAAUGUGUAUUGCAACACAAUCAGAUGUGGUAUAAAGGAGGUGUUGGGAAAGAUACCCAAAAUUGUGACCUCGGGAAAGGACUGUAUUUUACACUGGUUACAUAUCUUCAACCUCUCCAGGU